UUUCACAUCCCCUCACUAACAAAGAGACUCGGAGCUGCUGUCUUACAUCUCUGAGUAAAUGUGGUGAGUGAUGCGCAACUAACGACUGACGCUCCUGCACACCGAGGUGAGAACGAAGAAACAAAGAGCAGAAAGACACCUUGCUCUCAAGAAGAGAGCUCAGAGGAGAGAUUAUCAAACUUCAGACAGACUUGAUUGAACGUAAAAAGUGAAAAUGGUGUCGGCCGGACUGGAGAUCUUGGGACUGUCGCUGUGCGUAAUUGGCUCGCUCCUGGUGAUGGUUGCUUGCGGGCUGCCCAUGUGGAAGGUGACGGCUUUCAUCGAGGCCAACAUCGUGGUGGCUCAGACGAUCUGGGACGGCUUGUGGAUGUCGUGUGUGGUGCAGAGCACGGGCCAGAUGCAGUGCAAGGUGCACGACUCCGUCCUCGCCCUCAGCCACGACCUGCAGGCGGCCAGAGCGCUCACCAUCAUCUCGUCGGUGAUGGGCGUGCUGGGGCUCAUGGUGGUGAUCGCGGGGGCGCAGUGCACCAACUGCAUCCGCGCUGAGUACGUCAAAGCCCGGGUGGUGAACGCCGGAGGGGUCAUCUACAUCAUCAGUGGCCUGUUUGUGCUGGUUCCGCUGUGCUGGAUGGCCAACAACAUCAUAUCGGACUUCUACAAUCCACAGGUGCCCGCAUCCAAGAAGAGGGAGAUCGGCGCUGCGCUCUACAUCGGCUGGGCGGCCACGGCGCUGCUGCUGAUCGGAGGAGCGCUGCUGUGCUGCUCCUGUCCCUCCAGCGGGAACUCGGGAUACUCGGUAAAAUACGCACCGACCAAGAGAGCCACGCAGAACGGGGACUAUGACAAGAGGAAUUAUGUGUAGCUGCGCGGCUCGUAGCAGGCGGUGCGUAAUGACCUGCAGCUUUUGAAAAAACUGUUUGUUUUUUACGGACGUUAUCUUUGCACCUGCAUUUUUUUGUUUUGUUUUUUUUGUUUUUUAGAAAUCUGAACUUUGAAAAUCAAUGGAAGCACCUCUGCUGUUUUUACACUGGCCCUUCACUAUGCUCGGACCAUGAAUUCACACAUCCUUUUUGUGUCUACAGGAGAUUAAAGAAGAAGAAAAAAAAAGACUAUCAACGACAAGAGGUAGCUCACAGACAAAAAGGAGUAUCUUUGUUAGGUACCUGCUUUUGUAAAUCUUCGAAAUUAUUAGUAUUUUGAAUUGUUUACCGUUGUAACUGCAAAGGUUUUCUUCUCUUGAGAAACUCUUGCCACCGAAAAUAAACACUGUUCUUUCGCCUUGAUGUGCAUUGUCAGCACACACUUGUACAGUAACUGAGAAUGUUUGCACUCCCACACGUUCAGCUUCCUUUAGGGGGAACUACGCCGACAUGUUGACAAUAAAAAAAAGUUCAAUAACAAUAAAGAGCGACGAAGAAAAGUGCAUACAUGUAAAUGCCAGACGAGCUUUUUGUGUUGUUCUGAAGUUUGCAGUCUAACUUUGGACCUGUGGAUCUCGGAGAUCCUGGGAUUUGUAGGUCAAAACAUGAUACAUGUACAGUCCGUUAUUCGGCCGCACUGAGCACCUGCAAUAGUUUUUGCAUCAUUGUCCCUGCAGGGAGUCUCUUGUCUUUUCACAAAUUCCAGGAAUAAACUCUGUUUUCUGUUGGUAUUUUUUGAUGUAAUGAUUCAUUAUUCAUGUAUACGAAGAUGCAAUACUGUUUCCUUUUAUUAAGAUUAAAGUGAAUAUAUUGUCUGAAA